CGCGCCGCGGCGCGGACUGGUGUGCGGGCGCGGCUGCGGCGGCCGCGCGGCGGGGCCCCGGGAGGCGGGCCGCUGAACGGGGCGCGCGGCCCCGAGGAUGCGGGAGCGGGAGCAGCGCUGGCGUGGAUGUUCCCUUUCCCCGGCCUUCGGAGACUCGGUUGCUUUUUAAUGGCGGCAGCGGCUGCUGGGUGAGCAGCCGGAGCCAGGACAGGAUCGCUUCCUCCCGGUGUCACCAGAGCUGGAUUAGUGGGGGUGCUUUUCUCUCUUUACGCCUCCGCUCUUGAAGGGAGAAGAUGCCACUGCCGUUUGGGUUGAAACUGAAACGCACCCGGCGCUACACUGUGUCCAGCAAGAGCUGCCUGGUUGCCCGGAUUCAGCUGCUCAAUAAUGAGUUUGUGGAAUUUACGCUGUCGGUGGAAAGCACUGGCCAGGAGAGCCUUGAGGCUGUGGCCCAGAGACUGGAGCUGCGAGAGGUCACUUACUUCAGCCUCUGGUACUACAAUAAGCAAAAUCAACGCCGGUGGGUAGAUUUGGAAAAACCUCUGAAGAAGCAGCUGGACAAAUAUGCAUCGGAACCUACCGUCUAUUUUGGGGUGGUGUUUUACGUGCCUUCAGUUUCACAGCUGCAGCAGGAAAUUACCAGGUAUCAGUAUUAUCUGCAGCUGAAGAAAGAUGUCUUGGAAGGAAACAUUCCUUGUACAUUAGAACAAGCAAUUCAGCUAGCAGGCUUAGCUGUGCAAGCUGAUUUUGGUGACUUCGAUCAGUAUGAAUCCCAGGACUUUCUUCAGAAAUUUGCCUUGUUUCCUGUGGGGUGGUUACAAGAUGAAAAAGUACUGGAAGAAGCAAUCCAAAAAGUGGCCUUACUACACCAGAAAUACAGGGGACUCACAGCUCCUGAUGCUGAAAUGCUGUACAUGCAGGAGGUGGAGAGGAUGGGUGGCUAUGGCGAGGAGAGCUACCCUGCAAAGGAUAGCCAAGGAAGUGACAUAUCCAUUGGAGCAUGUCUUGAAGGUAUCUUUGUGAAACACAAGAAUGGAAGGCCUCCUGUGAUAUUUAGGUGGCAUGAUAUUGCUAACAUGUCCCACAACAAGUCCUUCUUUGCAUUAGAGCUGGCAAAUAAAGAAGAGACCAUCCAGUUUCAAACUGAAGAUAUGGAAACAGCAAAAUAUGUAUGGAGACUCUGUGUUGCACGACACAAAUUUUACAGACUAAAUCAGUGUAACCUGCAAACUCAGAGUGUCACAGGGAACCCCAUCAGGAGGAGGUCUUCUUCAAGGAUGUCUCUGCCUAAACCUCAGCCCUACGUGAUGCCUCCCCCACCCCCGCUGCACUAUAAUGGACAUUAUACGGAACCAUAUGCUUCUUCCCAAGAUAACCUCUUCAUGCCCAACCAGAAUGGAUACUAUUGUCACUCUCAGACAAGUCUGGAUAGACCCCAGAUGGACCUCAACGGUCGGAUCCGAAACGGCAGUGUCUACAGCGCACACAGCACUAACUCCCUAAAUAACCCUCAGUCCUACCUGCAGCCCUCGCCCAUGUCCUCCAACCCCAGCAUCACUGGGAGCGACGUCAUGAGACCCGACUACGUCCCGUCCCACAGGCACAGCGCCCUGAUACCCCCGUCCUACCGCCCGACCCCGGACUAUGAGACUGUGAUGAAGCAGCUCAACCGGGGGCUGGUGCACGCAGACCGGCAGAGCCACUCUCUGCGGAACCUCAGCAUCGGCAACUCCUAUGCCUACAGCCGGCCAGACGCCCUGGUCUACAGCCAGCCCGAGAUCCGCGAGCAUGCGCACGUGGCCUCGCCACCGGCGCACUACCCGCUCACCCUCAACUACAGCUUCCACAGCCCGUCCCCGUACCCCUACCCCGCGGAGCGGAGGCCCGUCGUGGGCGCCGUCAGUGUCCCUGAGCUGACCAACGUCCAGCUGCAGGCCCAGGACUAUCCAGCCGCCAACAUCAUGAAGACGCAGGUGUACCGGCCGCCGCCGCCCUACCCAUACCCGAGGCCGGCCAAUAGCACCCCAGACCUGUCGCGCCACCUGUACAUCAGCAGCAGCAACCCCGACCUGAUCACGCGGCGCGUGCACCAUUCAGUGCAGACGUUCCAGGAGGACAGCCUGCCGGUGGCCCACUCCCUGCAGGAGGUCAGCGAGCCCCUGACCGCCGCGCGGCGCGCCCAGCUGCACAAGCGCAACAGCAUCGAGGUGGCGGGGCUGGCGCACGGGCUCGAGGGCCUGCGGCUCAAGGAGCGCACCCUGUCGGCGUCGGCCGCCGAGGUGACCCCGCGCGCCGUCUCCGCGGCCUCCCAGCAGAGCGUGUUCGGCGAGAGGACGAAGCAGGAGGAGCCCGAAGAGCAGGAAGGUUUGAGAUACGGCCAUAAGAAGUCCCUCUCAGACGCCACCAUGCUGAUACACAGCAGCGAAGAGGAGGAGGAUUUUGAGGAGGAAAGCAGAGCACAGGCUGCGCCCCGGCGGCCCGGAGGCUGCCCCCGGGAGCCCUCGCUCCCGGCCGGGCCCCUGCAGGUGCUGGAGCCCCAGCCGCACACGCGUGCCGCCAGCCCCCGGGUGCCCCGCAGGGACGGGCUGCUGACGCCCUCCAUGUCUGAGUCCGACCUCACCACGUCGGGGCGGUACCGCGCCAGGAGGGACUCUCCUAAGAAGAGGCCGGUGUCGGACCUCCUCUCCGGCAGGAAGAACGUGGUGGAAGGCCUGCCGCCGGUGGGGGGUAUGAAAAAGACUCGACUUGACGCAAAAAAAAUUGGUCCCCUUAAAUUGGCUGCCCUAAACGGCCUCUCCCUGUCUCGACUGCCUUUGCCUGAUGAAGGGAAGGAAGUACCUGCCAGAGCAACGAAUGAUGAAAGGUGUAAAAUUCUGGAACAACGGUUAGAACAGGGAAUGGUAUUCACAGAAUAUGAAAGAAUUCUGAAAAAACGGCUAGUUGAUGGUGAGUGCUCAAUAGCACGACUCCCUGAAAAUGCAGAAAGGAAUCGAUUCCAAGAUGUUCUUCCCUAUGACGAUGCUAGAGUGGAAUUGGUCCCAACUAAAGAAAACAAUACUGGUUACAUCAAUGCAUCCCAUAUUAAGAUCUCUGUCAGUGGAAUUGAAUGGGAUUAUAUUGCCACACAGGGACCAUUACAGAAUACCUGUCAGGAUUUUUGGCAAAUGGUGUGGGAACAGGGAAUUGCAAUUAUAGCAAUGGUGACAGCAGAAGAGGAAGGUGGAAGGGAGAAGAGUUUUAGGUAUUGGCCACGACUUGGUUCUAGGCACAACACUGUCACCUAUGGAAGGUUUAAGAUCACAACCCGGUUCCGCACAGACUCUGGUUGCUAUGCCACUACGGGCUUAAAGAUGAAGCACCUUCUCACGGGGCAGGAGAGGACAGUUUGGCAUCUCCAAUACACAGAUUGGCCUGAGCAUGGCUGUCCAGAAGACAUCAAGGGAUUUUUGUCAUAUCUUGAAGAGAUCCAGUCUGUUCGACGCCAUACAAAUAGUACAAGUGAACCCAAAAGCCCCAACCCUCCGUUGUUGGUCCAUUGCAGUGCUGGAGUAGGAAGGACUGGUGUCGUCAUUUUGUCAGAGAUCAUGAUUGCCUGCCUGGAACACAAUGAGGUGUCGGACAUCCCGAGAGUGCUGGACAUGCUGAGGCAGCAGAGGAUGAUGCUGGUGCAGACCCUCUGCCAGUACACAUUUGUGUACAGAGUUCUCAUUCAGUUCCUGAAAAGCUCCAGGCUCAUCUAAGCUCCCACCCUUCUUAUGGGGACCCUGUCAUGUGAAGUGUUUACAGCUAAAAAAAAAGUGCUUGCCUAACUCACACUUGCCCAACUCCUAUUUGCUGCCCCUUGACACUUGAUCCAGGCAACACUAUAUUGGGACAUAAAUGGUGCAGUGUGAAUGGCAAUGCACUGAAGGAAAUAUGCAAAGCACAAGGCUGCAGAAGGGGAUUACCUGCCUGGGAAAGGUGCUGGGAAAGGGUGUUUCAAGGGCAUUGCCCCACUCCCGUCUGUCUGAUUUGCAGUACUUGCACACAUUUUGGAGAUUGUAUUUUGUAUACAAUUCUCUAUUUUACUGAAGCUAUGCUGGGCAAUUCUGGCAAUCAUUAAAGUGCAUAGAUUUCUAUCUUAAACUAGUUUUUCAUAAUGGAAUUUUAUUUUAUGACUGAAAUAUUGAGGGAUUUUCUUAGUGAGAAACUGAACUUUCCAUAGGGAUGAUCCACGAAUAUGAGUGGUUCCUGUAUAACUUUGUAUUUAAAACCAUGUUAUUAUAUCUUUUGUUAUUUUUAAAAAACCUUGGGGACUUUAUGGUUUUGUUACCAAACCGAAAACUAUAAGGAAAAUCUUUAAGUGUUAUUUUAAAACAUGGAAAGCAUUUUUAUAUCCAGAAAUUUUUUUAUCCUAAAAAUUCUAUAUAAUUGUAGUUUCUAUAUUUUCCACACAGGAGCUCCAUUCAUUAAGGUACAAAAACGAGUCAAUUAAUGUAAAGGAAAGUUGGGAAUAAAGGCACAUUAUUUAAAAUGGAAGAGAAUAAUCCGAUGCACAGUUUUUCAGUAUUAUUCAUAAACUUAAAUGAGCUUGCCUUGGUUGAAAAUGAAGUGAAAAACAAUUGCCUAGGGUAGUUUCAAGCACUUUUUAUUGAAAACAAAUAUGAGUUUUAAUAUAUGUAUUACUUUAUAGAUGAAACAACAAUAGAUACUACUUCAGAAGGAAUGUUUUAGAGGAGAGAAGAAUUACGAGUAUGUGAAAUGACUAGGAUGAGAGUAAGUGGAGUGUGAUGGUGGUGAAUGCAGGUGCCUUUGUCUUUACAAAGUGCAGUGUUAUCUAUACUUACACUGAGGUGCUGCGUUGGAGAGUAGGCUGGGGAGGGUGGGGGCUGACCCUGUAGCACUGUCCCAAAGGAACGCAAGGCGGCUCACUGUCAGUGACUUCCUUUGUUUUCUGGAAGUUCUUCCACCUAAACCUGUAUCUUUUUUUUUUUUUAAAUAAAUAAAUUCAGGUUUAUAUUAUCAUUUAUUUUCUUUUGGUUGAAGGAAAGGAAUAGUUACCAAAAGUUUUCACCUCUCCUCCCAAAACCACAGCCCACAUUUGUGCAAUUACCUGAGGUUGCUAUGGUAUUCAAAAGAAUUUUAGCUCCUUCAUCUCCUGGGUCAGUUUUAGCUGUUCAGUCUUUCCUCCCCAGCCCAUUUAGGCACACAGUAGGGGACGGAGCCAAGCUGAGAUAAAAGGGAGGAGUGUUUCUGGCCCCAAGCUAAGAUGGGUUUGUCUUAGUUGCUGUCCAGUACAUAAGGGUUAAUUUAUACUUUUAUCUGAGGACGCAUCCUUUUUUUUUCCUUCUUAGGCAGUUCCUUAUAACAGAGAGCUUCCAAAAUGACAAAUCUAGGGCUAUUUUUCCCACUUACAAUAUGUAAGGCAUAUUCUGAUCUCUCAUAUAACUUCGAAAGCUGUGUAAUCACUAAAUAUGUCUGCCAGCCUAACCAACCAUCUAAGAGGGGAAGUCAGAAUAUACAAAUGAAAAUAAUAUUGAAAGUGGGCACAUGUCUCACUUAGGAACAAAUUACUAAUUUUAGAUCUAAAAUUCUUUUAGAAGUUCUAUUUAAAGAACAAUAGACAGACCCAUUUUCUUCUGUAACAUCUACUGUGAAGAAAAUAUUCAGAAAGAGCUCCCCAGAAGAAUGGAAUAGAGUUUUAUGGCAUUGUUCCCAUCUCCACACCGUAUAAAACAGAUAGCAAUUUUUCUGAUGCUCUUUUUUUACUUUCAGUGGUACAUUUUUAAAAAAUGCAUUUCCGUCAGGUUUAAACAUUUUGAAGUAUCCUGUUAACAGGAACAUAUUGUAAAACAAAAAUCUAAUUAAAGAGUAAUAUAUGGUAUAUUGGUGUUCCUCUUGUAAUAAUUUCAUAAGUAAAUUUCUUAGGGAUAAAUUACAGUGUUUAAGUGUCACUCUUAAAUGUCACAUUUUUGACAUUGCUUCUAAGAGCUAUGCAAUAAACUUAAUUGCAGUUAGUGAAUAGGAAGGGAUUUCUGAAUAAAAAUCAGUCUACAUUUCUGGAGUUUGAAAUGAGAUUGUCAUUUUCUUUUUUUUUUUUGCAGUUUUUGACCAGGGCCGGGUUUGAACCCACCACCUCCGGUAUAUGGGGCCAGCGCCCUACUCCCUGAGCCACAGGUGCCACCCUGAAAUGAGAUUGUCAAGAGCAAACUGUAGAACAUUGAGGUUUCAUAAGUUUGCCAUGUCUAAAUUAAAGAUGUUACUAUCUGCCAAACGUAUAUAAUGCUUCAUGUAUCCCUUAGUGUCUUUUAGUUACUGAAUAUUAAUUUCAUAUCAAAAUUAUAAAAAUGUACAUUUCUACAAAAAGUAGGUUAUAAGCCAGUGUUUUCCACUGAUCACUUUUGGUAUCUCUGGCAUCAGUUUUUUUGAUUAGUGGGAGUCUUCUGGGGAAAUAUUUUAGUUGGUAGUUUUGAGCACAGAAAGUAUUUAUUUUAGAAUUAUCAUUUGGAAUGUUAUUUGUAGUCAUUAUUAGUUUCUUCUGGAACAUCUACUGUGAAGUAUUCAGAAAGCCCUAGAAUUUAGUCUUUAAAAAUCUUCAGCAGGAUUAAACAGAAGCUGGGCCCGUACUUCCUUAGAAACUUCCAGAAAGCAAUGUAUAGCCAGAACCAGAGCCAGGAGUGUGGUGGUAUGGCACUGAGUGAUAGCAGCACGGCUUGGCCAGCUUUUCCAUGAAGCUUUCAUCAUCAGAAGAAAACCGUCAUUUCAAGUGGGUUGAUAUACUAAUGUUCACAAUAUUGAGAGAAUUUCAAUAUUUAAUAUAUACAAGCAUAUAUAGUAGAAUAUAUUAAACAGGAGGUCGUUGAUUACUUAACCAAGAGCAGGUUUGAGAUUUACAUGAGCAAAUGGAAACAAGAACUGCUAUUUAUUGUACAUUGUUUCUUAAAUCAGACUUUUUAAAGGAAGUAUUUUGGAUAUAAAUGUAGGGGAAUUUGCUUCCCAGAAAAAAGAUUUCAUGUGGAACAAGCUAAGAUUAUCCCUUUGCAGUUUUAAAUUUGUUUUGAAAAAAUAAUUAAAUUGCAGGGAGCUCUUCUUUUAUUAUUUUUUUAUUUUUUAUUUUUUGAGACAGAGUCUCACUUUGUUGCCCUUGUUAGAGUGCCAUGGCGUCAUAGUUCACAGCAACCUCCAACUCUUGGGCUCAAGUGAUUCUCUUGCUUCAGACUCCCAAGUAGCUGGGACUACAGGCACCUGCCACAAGGCCCAGCUAUUUUUAGAGAUGGGGGUCUCACUCUGGCCCAGGCUGGUCUUGAACCUGUGAGCUCAGGCAGUCCACAGGUGUGAGCCACUGUGCUAGGCCUGGAGCUCUUUUUUGAAGCUGAGGAUUAAAAAAAUACUCUACAUUUCAAAAGUAGAGUAAUAACUCCGUUAAGAAUUUGCCUGGGAGGGCGGCGCCUGUGGCUCAGUCGGUGGGGCGCUGGCCCCAUAUGCCAAGGGUGGCGGGUUCAAACCCGGCCCCGGCUGAACUGCAACCAAAAAAUAGCUGGGCAUUGUGGCGGGCGCCUGUAGUCCCAGCUACUCGGGAGGCUGAGGCAAGAGAAUCGCUUAAGCCCAGGAGUUGGAGGUUGCUGUGAGCUGUGUGAUGCCACGGCACUCUACCCGAGGGCCAUAAAGUGAGACUCUGUCUCUACAAAAAAAAAAAAAAAAGAAUUUGCCUGGGAAAACAUUUCUCAAAAGAAAACAAGUUUUUCAAAUUCCUGUAGAUAAGGGCUGCAUAUACCCUACUAUAUAAUUACUUAUAGAAAAAUAACAAAAAAUCAGGCAGUUCAGUUUAAAGUUUGCAUUUUAAACUGGAUUUUAAACUUGCAUUUUAAACUUGGAUUUUAGAAGAUAUUCAAAGGGAUACUUGGAUUGUUAAAAGUGGUGUAGUUUUCUUAAUUUAUUUAUUCUUUUUUUCUUUUAGAUGUUAUAAAGGCUGAAUUGAAAUGGUGUAGUUUUCUAUUUCAGGUAGUUCUCAAAUAAAAAUGUUAUGGAAGUUCACUUGCAUAUUGCAUUUAAAAUUCUUUUUUUUUUUUUUUUUGUAGAGACAGAGUCUCACUGUACCGCCCUCGGUAGAGUGCCGUGGCGAGCAUAUUGCAUUUAAAUAUAGCAGUAUUUACCCUUGUAAGUGAUGCUCCAGAUAUUAACUUAAGUUUGUCCCCCCAAAGCUUAUACAACCCUAGGGGCCUGGAAAGUUAAGCUGUGGUAUAAAAUCAGAUUGCUAAACAGUAUUCUGGACUUCCUGAAAGUCUAUAGCUUGACUCUCUACUGUACCCUGGUGGUGAGGUCAGAGAAUAAAUUCUCUCUGCUUCUAUAGGGCAGUGGCCACUAAGACUCAGAAAGCAAUUUAGGUCAGACUGGUCAGUGUUUCAUGGAAAGACUUAACAGAAGUGAAUAUUCCAGUGUUUGUUGCAGGAAGGUGAGUGGUACGUGGGUAGGUAACAGAAUGGGGCUUAUGAUGAAGCAAGCAGUGUUGCUGCCUAUGAAACUGUUAAAGAAUGGGCCAAAAAGGAAGUUUAACGUUUGUAGCACUCAGGUGAGGGAUCAGCAGUCCAAAGGCAAAUAUGUAAAGGUUAUCCGCUGGUCACAUAUAGGUAAAGUAUGCCUGCACAUAAUUUCUCCAAAAAUGUUUAAAUUACCCAUGUAUAUUUGACAAAAAUACUUAGCUUUCAAAACUCUAGAAUACAUCUAAAUAUUUCCUGACAUUGAUGAGUUAAGAAAGGGAUAGUAGCCAUAUACUUUUAAGUUUUGCUUUAGUGUAUUAAAAACAAGUACAAAUGGAUGACAAGACAGGAAUAAUUGUGUUUACUUCUAACAGUAUCACUGACAUACUAGUCCACAUUUCUGUAUAUUACUAGUUAGCUAAUUCAUUAACUUCUAUUAAAUGAUUUGUGGUAUAUAAAAUGAGAGGGCCCUUUAAAAUCUGUAAAAUCCUGUGGCUUUGAAUCUACAAUGCGGUAUACCUGCGCUGGCUAUGGCAGUACACAAGUAGCAUGAUUGUAGUGUAAAAAACCUUCAAUUUGAACUGGCAGGUGGUUUUUUAACUGUGCAAAAAUACUAUAUUAAGUUGUCAAACACAAAUACUACUGACAUUUAAGGGUGCAUGUGUAUUUUAAAUUCGGACUCUAUAAAAACUUGGUGAAACUAACAUGUGCAGUGUUUACUCAGUGAGACCUUGUCUCUACAAAAAAAGAUCUCUACUGCCAACGAAAUUCAGAAGGUUGGAUUAUUAUCUGGUUUGCCAGAAUAUGAAUCUGAGCCUCAAUUUGGGGGGUAAGUUGAUGAGACUAGUACAUGUUUAAUUGUAACUAGUUUUCUGUUUCCAUCGGCUCAUUCAUCAACUGAACAAAUGAAUGGGGAAUAUAAACUAAUAUACUAACAGAGUGUCCAAAUUUUUUUGUCCUGGGAGUUUAUUAGGAAUCACUUGAAAUUAAUGAUUGAAUGAGAAAUAUUUGGUACUUACAGUUAUCAAUAUUUAUUGGAAUAUAAUUUAAUUUUAGAGCUAAGUGUCCUGAGAGGAUUUUGGUAAGGUUUUGUAGUUUUCUGGAAUAAUACCAGGCAACCCUGGUUUAGCCCGAACCAAGUGAAUAUUCUCCAGAGGUGACAAAUUUCUUUUUAAAACAGAUUUAAUUAAAACAAGAGUAAAAAGAAUACAGAAUGCUUCAAGCCAUAUAAACCAAAAAGGUAAAAGAAAAGUAAGAAAAAGCAUUGUAGUCUGCAACCACUUCUAGGUUGGUAGAGCUCUACUGGUUUUGUUUGCUGGUUUGUUUUCUGUGGCACAAUAGAGAAAUUGAGAAGAUAGUUAUUGUGGAGGGAUGAUUCUGAGUGGUUAUUGAAAAUUUGCUAAUAUGAUCAGUUUAGACCCUCUCCAUAUUAGGUUUUUUAAAUUUCUAUAUUAAGGGUAAGCAUCCUAACAUAAUUGAUGUAAUUAGGAAAAGAAAAAAAGGGUAAGCAGCUUAAUUUCCAGUAGACUUGAGCUAUUACAUAUUUAUCAGUAGAUUCAAUUUCUAAGUAAUACAUUGAAAAUGGGAAAAAAUUAAAAUCUGUAAUUAUAUAAAGCCUUUUAAAAAACUCAGAUAUACAGUCAAAUCUUACUCAAAAGAUUGGCACUGGGCUGAAGUAUUGUUGCUUUUUACUGUAUUCUCAAGUAAUUUUUUUACAUUAAAAUAUAAAACAGCUUUUUAUGCAGAUAUUGUUACAUGUUAAAUGAAUAUUUUCUAUAAGUCAUCUCCAUGUUUUCAUGUAUUGUACCAUUAACUGAGGUGAAAACUCUGACUUAUAACAGAGCUUUUUUAGUUCAGAGGGAGAAUUACACUGUAACAAACCAGAAAUCUGUUGUAUGUUUCUGUGUUGUUUUAUUGAACCAAACCAAACUCUAACCAUAGAAAAUUUAGCAAAGCAUAAUUUAAAAAAUCUAAAUGGCAAAUAUAUAAAAAAUAAAAAUUUCAAAAGAUGUUAAUAUGAGUUAAUAUGCCUGGCAAACCUAAAACCAAAAUUUGGAGAAAAUUUAUAUGAAAUACAUUUUUCUAGAAAGUUGCCCUGUAAUUUAAGCAAUGCACUGGGAAUCUACUUUUUCAAAAUGGUAAUAUAAAUACUAAUCUGGCAUUUUCUAGUUUAAAAAGUAAUUUUAUGUGCCACUGUCUCAUAAUCAGUCAUGUAAAAAUGUAUAAUCAGAAGUUUAAUUCGAAACUUAAUUGGUUUGUAAAGGUGUGUACAUUUAAUGGGCAAAAAAACUUGAAUGGUUGAAUGUAAUAUAUGUGAAAUGAGUAUAUUUUUGCCAUGAAAAUAAAUAUUUGAAGCAAGA